AACAACAAACGUUCACCGUAGGCCGUUUGGUGUGUCAGAGAGGUCUGCCUUGGCAUUCGAAAAAAAUUCGCUAGGAAUUUUGAAACUAUGCCUUCGGUGCUGGAUCGAUCUCGGCAGAAAUGGUACCAUCGGCGUCCACUGUUGAGAACAGCAUAUUUCACUGACCUGCAAUACGGCAGCUACAUCGCUGGAAUCUGCUCCAUCGUCGAAAGCGUCUUCAUGAUCUUGCUGGCAGUCUUUGACGUAUACUGCCUUGCGGAGGCAUCUCCUGGCUCGACACAUUACCGCUACUUUGGGUUCAGCUUCUUAUUUGUGUACAGUGGCAACCAGCAUGUUCGAAACCUGCUCAUUACUGUCUCUGUGAUCUCAUUUGUGAUGAGCGUUGCACUCUUGGUCACUUCCGUCAUGAUGGUCAUGGCUUUGAGAAAGGAGAAGGAGGCAAAGUUUCGUCCCUGGUUGUUCAUUAUGUUCGCAUUCACUGCGUGGAGAUUCUUUGCUAUUAUCUUCCGUUCUAUUUGCAAUGACUUGUACUACUCAUACCAUCAAGCUGUCCUUAUCAUCUGGAUUCUUCUGAUUGCAGCGAAUGUAUUUGCUUGGCUUAUCGUGUAUUCUAAUUAUCAGGAGUUGACAGACAUCACAAGGCUUGAGGAUAUGGCGAAACUGAAGCUUGGAACUUUGAGCAGCCUCAACGCAUCACGAUCUGUUUCUCAUCAUUCCAUUGACUCCAUGAAGAAUUCUCACAGCAUGACUCCACACAACAUCAGCUUCCAGUCCACAACUAGUGCCAAGGGUUCACUGUCUACAGCGUCAGCAUAAGAGUAAACUGCUGGCACUUUUUGUUCUCUGUGAAGAUGUAGUAUGUGCAUAUAUGUCUAUUGGUUGCAUUUUACAAGCCACUAGUGAUAUGCUGUGGUAUUGCCAUAAGAUAACCUGGAAUGAAUGACCAGUUGUACAGACACUGCUUUCUUUUACAAAUGAGAGGCAGUUGUUUUUAUAUGCAGCCUCAGUAUGACAAGUGAACAAAGUUUGCUUUCUUGGACAGCAGUAUAAUUAAACUGAAUCGUUUUAUCACACAGAGCACACACAAUUGUUUGUAUAACUUUUAUAAUGAAGUUUGGCUUUUGAAUCUUUAUAGGAGUAUAUGUAGCGUUCAUAUACAAAGACAGUAAUCUAUUCCUAACUCCUUCGCCUUUCAAUAAGUGAUGUGUGCAGUUUCGAACUUUCUGAUGGUGCUAUGUCUUGAAAUAGCUUUGUAAGGUUUGUAGUUUUUUCAUGAGAUGGCAUUCUUUUGUAAACUUUAAUCUAUGCUACACUUCAUCAUCCUACUGAAGCGUACUAAAGAAUGAUUUUGAUGUGAACACGAUACAGUAGAACCUCGGUGAUACGAAUCUUGUGGGGUCGCUUGAAAUAUUCAUAUCACCAAAAAUUCGUAUCAUCAAAACAUACACAAAAUAAAAAAAAUGAAUUUAUUUUUACCUAGAAAAAAUUUCUAAUAGUGGAACCCUGUUGAUACCUUCCUCGCUGCUGCGUUUUCCCGGCUGCUAUGUCACAUUUUCACGGUCCCAACCUAAAUCCUACAUUGACUUCCAUGUAUUAAGCUCCCCUUGAUACGUCGCCAAUCGGUAAUUUCCCUGCAUCUUACAUUACGUUUGAAUGUGGUGGUCACGUAAAUUUAGCGGUGUAGCCAGCUUGUACAUUGCAACAAGCAACCGACACAUUGCCAAUACAUCACGGCCGCGCGGGCGCUGCAUCACAUGGCCGUAUCUUGAAAGCGAUCUGCGACUUGCGCUAAGUGCGAGCCCGCAUGGGCCUCAUCCUCAAAACGAUCUGCGAUGUUGACAAAAUGCGCCUAGUGCCAGAUAGCUUAGUAUGCGCUGUGCUUUCGACGUUUAGUUCACAUUGAAGCGAGAGACAGCCGCUGCUGCCGCACUUCCUCACUCCAGCGUUGUCAUCGAGCAAGAUGGGUCCGUGUUUACCAGUGCGCGCGUGACACCGUGUUUGUUAAUUUAGUUAUUACGCCUAUGCUUACAAGUUUAUACGGCCAAUAAAACUACUAUCCAUACUUCAUACAGCUGUCUACUAAUUUGCUAUCGCAAUCGUUGCUUCUCCUUUUGGACGAAACUGCGACUUUUUUUUUCAUUUUCUUUCUUUCUUUUUUUUUUCGCGGUCCCUUGAAAAACAUAUCAACGGGGCUCUACUAUCUGUGUGCAUUUUCUUCUUGCCCAAAUCGUCAACAAUUGCCUUCUGGAAGGCGUAAAAGUGCACGCACGUGAUCUCACAAAUGUUUUUGCACGCCACUGAACACCUCAGCACGUCGAGUGCAGGGAGCGUUUUGCCCAUUGUGGCUGCUGCCGUUCUCGCUGGUCAAAGCAUCAGCUAGGCUGUGAUGUGGCCCGGUCCGCUCGACGUGAGGACCAAUGAGAGAUUGCGCAGCCGCAUGAUGUAGCUGGUUGCUUGGCGACUAUGGAUUCCGCCUACAUCCCCCUGUGCCGGCUUGUGCCGGCUGUGCUGGCUGCCGCCGCUGUUGCUCACGUGUUCGUAUGAUCCGCAGUGGCGCCGCAACGCGUUCGUAACAGCCGAUGGUUUUCACAUUGAGAGCAAUGCAUUUCGGUGGGGGAAUGUUACGAAUUCGUAUCACACCGAAAUUUGUACCAGCCGUGAUCAUAUCACCGAGGUUUUACUGUAUGUACCUGUGGGACAGCACUUGCUAAGUAAACAGUAAUUGUGAGUAAAUUAUGUAUGAGCAAUUUCAUCUUAAAAGUCUAGAGUGCUACUGCUCUGUGCUCUGCUUUCUACCUCGUAUGUCUAAAACAAAUUGUUGCAGCCAAUUUUCGAGUACCAACAUAGCUAUCCAGAAGUGUUCGAGGCACAUUUGGUGUUAAGACUUUAAGCUGCUUUUCAUAUUGAGGUGAUGAACGCACACAGAUAAUAUAAAGUUGUGUCUAUACGAUCUUUGAUCACAAUGGCCUGUGUAAGAUUUUAUGUCUUAUGUUUUCAGAGAUUUUUAAAUAACCAAACAAGAUGUUAUCAUUCAGAUAGCUUGUAAAGCGUGACCGUACAUUGACUUGUUUGUAUAUACUAUAUGGCAUUUAGUGGCUUUGUCUGCACUGGUGUGCAUUUUAGCAUUUUUGUUUUCUUAAGGCAACACCCACCUGUGGAGUAGGAAUCUCUAGUGCUUCUUUCAAAUUGAGCAUACCAAGGCUGUUUCCACACCCAUUGUAAUGUACUACCGAUGUUUCUUGUGACAUGUGGACUCCAGCCAAAUAACUAGGAAUGUCAAGGUUCUGAUUGCAUUUUCUUCCUUUGAGCAUUACACAAGCUGUCACUCACGAAUUUGCCCAAGUGUGGUCCUUUAUUUAAUAGAUAUUCACAUUGUGGCUUUGACUUUCACUCUGUCACAUUUAGUGCAGUUAACAGCAACUGCUUCAACAUAAGUACAUGGACAUUGCAAGGUGUGCAAAGGCUUUGCCACUAACAUGUAAAACGUGGCUUAAGGUUGUGUAGCAAGGUGUCUUGCUUAUUUUACAACCACAUUAUCAACACUAUUUUACUCUCACAUUUGGCUUCUCUAAACUGUUUUGCUUACUGAAAAGUGGCUCACACUAAGAAUGUAUCGCACAUUUUCAGGAAUUGUGAUCAGGAAUUAUAGGUGACUUCCCCUUUAAAAAGUUAAAGGAUUAGUGCCUUGCAUACUUUGAUAUGCAUUUGUGACAUCCCAGAUUUUCUCAUUUGUUGUAGAGACCCAAAGUUUAUUAUACUUCAGAAAGCUAUACUAAUGUUUCCUUUUAUGUUGUUCACCUGUAAGCAUCCAUUGUGUAUGGGUUGUUGUUAUGAGUGGACUCAUUUGGCUUCUUUGAUGCUUUGAGAUUGUUUUUGCACAUCUGCAAGUGUGUGGUAGCUUAUGCAAGAAAUAAGGUGCUUUUGUGGAUUUCAAGGAAGCAUAGCACAUUUCAUUUACGGUUUGCACAACUGAGACUUGCUGGCAGUGUAAUGAUGCAAAGCUGCAUUUGGGUCUUGUGCUGUGGGCAGCCCAGGAACCAUAAUGAAUCUCAUUGCAAAUUUAAUCGUCUUUCAUAUUUCAAGGCUUUUUGAUAACAUUGCUGCAUUUCACUAGAUUCUGUGAACUGUUAUUUCAUGUUCCUGUGUUUUUGUGCUCCUGUAAGAAACUUGUAAUGGUUUGUACUGUAAUUUACGGACUUUAGUCCGCUCCCGGUGUACAUUUCCCAACAGUCAAAUUCAAAUUAAAAACAAUUUUUAUUUUUAGAUUGGCCACACCGUGGUAGAUAAUCUAUGUCGCUCCUAAAAUUAGCUGAGCAUUUUACCCUCAGCGUUUAGAGCUCAAGCAACUGCUAAUGGAAAGUAGUGUUUUGCACCAUUCAUUACCCUCUGGGCCAAAUUAUAAAGCCUUCCUUUCCUCAGGCCACUUCCUAACCUUAUGUGAGGAGCACUUCAUGCCUCCUUACCAUGAAGGAUGGAUGGAAGGAGCAGGUGUUUUCUGAAUGCUCCCUUCAACCAUCUUCACGAAAGGAAUCCUUUCAUUUGGUAAGGAAUCCUUCAUUGAGGGCGCCUCCGUAAAGAAGCUUUCAGAAUUAACGGGAUGUGGCUAAUUAACGGGAUGUGGCUUUGAAUGGGCUCUGCAACACCUUUAAUGAAAAGGGUAGAAUCUAGUAACUCGGUGCUACAAGGCAUCUUCUCACAAAUCAGUUACAACAAACAUUUUGAAGGAGCUAUGCAUUAAUGAAGUUAUCGGCAAAAACAUGCUGCUGACGCACCCUUGUGACCUUCCCCUUCUUUUCAUCAUUCCUACUGCACUCAGUGUCGUGUACCACACCCACUUGGAACAAUGCCACCGUUGAUCUGCCCACCAUUACUUUUGUAUUGACAUUGCCUUGAGAUCAUGUAGAAGGCUACACAUCUUUGAGGCCCUAGUAACAUGCAGUGGUAUGAUUUUCCACCAACAGAUGGGGCCGCUGCCUGUCAGUGAUGACAUUCCUCCACUUCGGUUUUGCUUAUGCUGGUGGCACUUUCUACCCAUGGUGUUUGAACAGAUCUGCCCCAUAGCCAUUGUGUUUGCUGUUGUGUAAUAGUAGGAGUUAAAAAAAAUUCCCAGGGGUUUUUGAAUAGCUUCAAGAAAUGGGAAGCAGCCUCGUAAAUGAAAUUGUGGACUCUCAGGUGGAUUGACAGAAAUAUUUGGCUCAGAGGCUCAUGAUGGCAGCGCCUAGUGACUGUGCAAAUUUACUUAUCAUGUUCAAAACACAUUGCAUGGUCCCUUUAUAUUUUGUGACAUUCCAAACAAUGUUGUCAACUUUUUGAUGUGCCUUAUACUUUUAAUUUGUUGCAUAUAUAUUUUCAUUCUUAUUGAUAGAUGCCUUUAUGAACAUUAAGUUGGCAUGUGUAAUUAGCUAUUAUGAAUUGUUAUUUUUUCCAUAGAGAUGUUCAAGCAAGUUUGUUGGGGACUUUGAUCACAUGUUCAAAGCAUGUUAUAAUGUUGCUUACGAUGCAGUUCCCUAUUUCCUUGCUGAACAUUGUAUCACAGUGAUUUGAUUUUAUGCGAACUGUUUUAUGCAUCCUGUGUCCAUCUUUCAAUCAGUGCUUUGCUGCAAGCAAUCAUGUUUUAAGAAUGUGCUGAUAUAACAGAUAACACUGAGAGUGGCCACCUUGUGCAGCACUUUCUCUGCAUGCUUGUUGGCUACCUGAAUCUGCAUUCCGUCCAUUUUUACUGUUUACACUUGAGCACCAAAACCCUUGUGAAGAGCACUGUUGCUUGGAUUGUUACAAGUAAAUAGCAUAAAGAAAUGUAUUUUUACAUGUUCACCCAGUUUGUGAAUAAACAUACACAAUUU